AUGGACCCUUUCAAACCCCCUCAUGAUCCACCUCCGCCGCAUCCUGUUGAUAGCCAAAAGACACAGCCCACCAUGGACCGGUCCUCUGAUCUAACAGACUCUUUGAACCGUCUCACUCUUGCGAAUGCCGCUGCGACUACUUUACCCUCCUCGCCAUCCCUCCUAUCCCCCGAAGAUGCCACUCCGCGAACCGCCCUCGCAAGCACGCCCGCGCCGCGCUGCACCUCCAGCUCCAGCUCGCUGCGAGACGAGCGUCGCAAGUCGACCCCAACCCUCCAAAAACGACCAUCCGCCGCCUCCUUACGAUCUGUAUUGAACAACGGUCCUCCAUCUCCUCUCGUAGACUCGUCGCGUCGCUCUUCUACAAACUUGGCGGGGUCACCGACCGGCGCCGCGUCACCCGCGAUGAUGCCCCAGCGGCUCGCGCUCCCACCAGAGCCUCAGCUCCCCACGGCGGCGUCGAUCGCGGCAGAACAUUUUCAAAAAGAAGUUGAUCUGCACCAAGUCGUUGAUCUCAAAUCCAAAACUGUUGUGAUCAUUCACGAUGCUUGCUAUGGCCACCGCUUCUCGCGCCCGCGCACUUCCAAGGUCUACCUUUCUCAGAUUGUCGAGAGACCAGAGCGCAUUCGCGCAUGCGUCCUAGGAAUAUCUGCGGCCUAUGUUCGUCUUGGUCGUCGACAUGCAGGCCAGCUGCAUGCACCGCGCCCCGAUCUAGAUGUGCAUACGCUGCCUCCGCCGCCUUUCCAGAUUCGCAAGACCUCGCGCAAACUGGUUCUGUCCGAUAGCGCUGUGACGAACGUUCAUGGGACUCAGUGGAUGACCGAUUUGAAGAGUAUGUGCGAUGUUGCCGAGUCGCGCCUGGCUUUGGUGGGCAAGGAAUUAGUCAAGCCCCCGGGCCCUGACGGCCAGACGAAUGGCCCUGCUCUACACGAGGGAGAUCUCUAUCUGUGCUCGGAAUCGUUGAAGGCUUUUGAGGGUGCUCUUGGGGGCGUUUGCGAGGGUGUCGACACCGUUCUUGGGCCUGGUCCGACGAAGCGCGCAUUUGUAUGCAUUCGACCUCCAGGCCACCACUGUUCGGCGGACUGGCCGUCUGGGUUUUGCUGGAUUAACAACGUCCACGUCGGUAUUUCGUAUGCGGCAUUAAAUCAUGGUCUGACACAUGCUGCGAUAUUGGAUAUCGAUCUGCACCAUGGUGACGGCUCCCAAGAGAUUGCCUGGCACCACAACUACAAGGCGUCGACUGCCCCGCGCCAUGCUGCUCCUCACAAGAAGACGGCGAUUGGGUACUACAGUCUGCAUGAUAUCAACUCCUACCCCUGCGAGAAUGGCGAUUCUGAUAAAGUGCGGAAUGCGAGCGUGUGUCUUGACGGAGCGCACGGACAGUCUAUUUGGAACGUCCAUCUCGGCAUCUGGGAGACUGAAGAUCAGUUCUGGGCCCUCUACCAGACAAGAUACCUGGUCUUGCUUGAAAAGGCGCGCAAGUUUCUCCGUGAGCAAACGGAAAAACUCUCCACAAACCUCACUGGUCCCCGUCCCAAAGCUGCCAUCUUCAUCUCGGCAGGUUUCGAUGCAAGUGAGUGGGAAAGUACCGGCAUGCAGCGGCACAAAGUCAAUGUACCAACUGAGUUCUACGCACGAUUCACUGCAGAUGUGGUCCGUAUGUCUCAGGAAGAGGGACUCGGUGUCGAUGGUCGUGUCAUAAGUGUGUUGGAAGGCGGUUACAGUGACCGAGCCCUGAUGAGCGGUGUCCUUAGUCACAUCUCUGGCCUGGGAAGCGAAUCAGCUAUUAACAGUCUAGCUUCUGCUAUGAGUAGUGGGAUGAAUAUCUCCGGAUCGAAUCCCGAUCCUACUCUUCAACAGUCCUCAGCUCAUACCGAGUACGAUAAAGAGUGGUGGUCUUCGUCCAUGCUCGAUGAAGUUGAGGCCCUGGUGUAUCCUCCACCGAAACCAAUCAAAGGUGAGAGAUCGUCGACUCUUUUCAAGGAGACGGAUUCUUUCAAAGCCAAAAAGGUCAAUGUCAUGGAUCGCAAAUCUUUCAGUUCCCCAGGGAUGGGUACACGUCCAAUCAUCCCAACCCCGCCUGAAGUCAGCUGGGCUACUGCAACGCACGAACUAUCCAAGAUUCUCAUACCCGAACAUCGCCAAACGAAGAGCUGCCGACCUGAAGAGCUGAACGCUGAGGCUUCUCGCCAGCGCCGCGAUCGUCAGGUCGCAUUGGACGGCGGUGUCAAUCCUGCCAUCGCCCCUCCCCCGCCAGAAGUGCCCAACACUGAGGAAAAGCGACAGCUGCGAGUUCGAAAGGCGAAAUCACCUACACCGUAUUCCCCCCAGACCUGCCACGCCACGCCAGCAAGCGAUGCGCAACAAAAACCGCCGAAGAACGAUCGAUGCUAA